GUUCAACGUCAGCUGUUAUUCACGUAACUGGAACAACACCAAACUUUUCUCAAACUUUUCGCUGAAAUAUACAAAAUUUGUCCUUAAAGAAAUGGUACGCACCACGGUAAUUGGUCUGGCCAAGCGUGUGCCGCUCAUACAGUUCCGCAAAGGAGGAUUGGGUGCGGCUGCGGCCGGUGCACAGACUGCAAAUAAGCAGGCAAGUUCAAAGCCAGCAGGAGGCAAAAAGCUGGCUGGAGGACCUGCCAUAGAGGAUUGGGAACUGCCGGCACGCUUUGCACGCAAACCCAUAGAUCCCCUGGAGGCGGAGUAUAUCAACAACGGCGGCAUACCAAACUAAAAUUGCAAAGCUUACGCGGAAAAAAUGUUUUAUUUAUAAAAUAAAUUUGUCUUGAAUCCACCA